AUGCCAGCCGAUGAAGAAUUAAGUUCAGUGCUGUCCAGAAGACAGAAAAUUAACGACGCUUUGGAUGAGGGAAUUGAAAUUAAACCGAAAUUCAAACCUGGGAAUAUUUAUAGUGAAUUUCAUGAGUUUUCCCGCAAGGAGAUCAAACAGUACGAGGCCACUUUUAAUUUGUAUGACGAAGGUCGAGAUGGAUAUUUGGAUUUGGGUGAAUUAAAACGCAUGAUGGAGAAAUUAGGAGCUCCUCAGACCCAUUUGGGACUCAAGGCUAUGAUUCAAGAAGUAGACGAAGAUUUCGAUCAAAAAAUAUCUUUCAGAGAGUUUCUGCUUAUCUUCAGAAAAGCUCGUGCCGGCGAACUGAUCACCGACUCCGGCUUAUGCCAGCUGGCUCGUCUGACCGAGAUCGACGUCGAUGCUGUCGGCGUUGGCGGCGCUAAGAGUUUCUUCGAGGCCAAAAUCGAGCAACUGCAAAGAACCAACAAAUUUGCCGACGAGAUUCGUGAGGAGCAGAUGGAACGCCGAAGACAGGAGGAAGAAAAGGCGCAACGUAGGGCUCAGUUUAGAGAGAAGGCAGCCAUUUUCCAAACUUCCUAAAAAAUUAAAGGAUUGAGGAGAAAAGAGAAAGUAUAUUAUUUUAUUGAGUUGAGUUUUUUAUCAUUUUUGUUUUUUUAUACUUUGAUUCAAAUGCAACUGUAUCUUCUUAUAAGAAGACUGUUGCCAGUUCAUUUAUUUUUCUAUUUUUCGGAAUCCUUAAUUUAACCCUUUGCGCUUGUAUAUCACUCAUUUUAGAGAGAAGGCGGCUAUUUUCCAAACUUCCUAAAAAGUUAAAGGAUUAAGGUGGAAGGAGGAAGUAUUUUAUUUUAUUUAUAUCAGUUUUUUGUAAUUUUUUUUUAUGAAGAAAAGGCGCAACGUAGGGCUCAUUUUAGAGAGAAUGCGGCCAUUUUCCAAACUUCCUAAAAAGUUAAUGGAUUGAGGAGGAAAGAGGAAGUAUUUUAUUUUAUUGAGUUGAGUUUUGUGUCAUUUUUGUUUUUUUUAUACUUUGAUUCAAAUGCAACUGUAUCUUCUUAUAAGACUGUUGCCAGUUCAUUUAUUUUUCUAUUUCUUUGAAUCCUUAAUUUAACCCUUUGCACUUGUAUAUCACUCUUCCGGCGCCAAAAUAGGUAUUACUUAUGCAAUUUACAAGUGACAAGGUUUAAGAUCAUUCGCUAAAUUUAAUUGAGGGUUUUUGUUAAAUUUUCCCAGUAAGCACGCGACAUCAGUGCAAUAGUCGCACUGAUGUCGCGCCUACGACAUGAGACAUCGCCGCGUCGUAGUCACGAAUGUGUUAUUGAGAUGGAUCCUACACUUGAAUUGACAUCGCAUCGCGAUAUCUCACUCGCGACCACCGUACGACAUCUUAGCAAUAUCCAAUUUUAGUAC